UAUUAGUGUUUCAGGAUUAAAUGCUGAUUCGUUUAAAACAUUAGGUUCCAUCACAACAAAAUUCAAGGAAAAAAACGUCAAGUUUCAUGUCGCACAUUUAGAUAUAGAAUUAGAUGGAAUACUAGGCAUUGAAUUUCUUAAAACGUUGAAUUGCAAUUUAGAUUUACAUCACAAUAACAUUUCUUUCUUAGAAAACAACGACAAGAUCCCGAUUCAUUUAAAAAAGGAAACUAAAGUGCUUAAUCAUAUAGUACUUCACAAGCGUGCCGAACAAAUAAUUAGGAUAAAAACUAACUUAAAACCGGGAAGUGAAGGUAUUUUGCCAAAAAUGAAUAUAAGUGAUAAACUUUUAAUUCCUGAAUGCCUAGUUAGAGUAGACAAAAAUCAAGAUAUAUUCACCACUGCAGUAAAUUUGACGGAUAAAGAGUUAAAAUUUUCAGUCAAUAAAGUAAUUUUAGAGGACGCACCUACCCACGCAUUUCAACCGAAUAUAAUUAAAAGAAAUGGUAGAUUUGAUAAAUUAAAAGAAAAUCUAAGGCUAGACCAUUUGAACAGUGAGGAGCGUAACGAAAUCCUUAAAUUAUGUUAUGACUUUUCAGAUAUUUUCUAUUUAGAAGGAGACCAAUUAACCUUUACUUCUUUAGUAAAACAUGAAAUUAAAACUACCCAUGAAAACCCGAUACACACUAAGACGUACCGUUUCCCAAAUGUACACAAAGAAGAGGUAAAUAAACAGGUAUCAAAAAUGUUAGAACAGAAAAUUAUUAGACCAAGUAGUUCCCCAUACUCUUCUCCAAUUUGGGUCGUACCUAAAAAGGUUGACAGUUCAGGCAAAACCAAAUGGAGAAUGGUCGUAGACUAUAGAAAUUUAAAUAAAAUCACUAUCCCAGACAAACAUCCAUUACCAAAUAUAGAGGAAAUUUUAGAUAACCUAGGACACGCCCAAUAUUUCUCUACACUUGACUUAACUAGCGGAUUCCAUCAGAUAGAAGUUCAUCCAAAUUCAAUUCCCAAAACUGCAUUUUCCACUCCCACUUCUCAUUAUGAAUUUUUAAGAAUGCCAUUUGGCCUAGCUAAUGCACCAGCCACUUUUCAGCGAAUGAUGAAUAACGUCUUAACAGGUCUUACCCCUACACAAUGUCUCUUAUACCUGGAUGAUAUUAUUAUUUUUGGGAAUUCCUUAGAAGACCACUGUAAUAAAUUGCGUAAUGUUUUAAGACGACUUCGAGAACACAAUCUCAAAAUUCAGCCGGAUAAAUCAGAAUUUCUCCGAAAGGAAACAGAAUUCUUAGGACACAUAAUCACAACAGAUGGUAUCAAACCUAAUCCAAAAAAGAUAGAUGCUGUCAAAAACUUUCCCGUUCCUUCAUGUCCAAAAGAUAUAAAAUCGUUUUUAGGAUUAACCGGAUACUACAGGAAAUUUAUUCCAAACUAUGCAAAGAUCGCCAAACCUCUUACAGGCUUGUUAAAGAAAGAUAUCGCAUUUACAUUUCAGCAAGAACAAAUUGACUCAUUUAAUAAAUUAAAACAAAGUUUGAUUACCGCCCCAAUUUUACAAUACCCAAAUUUUGAAGAAAACUUUAUUCUUACAACAGAUGCUAGUUCAUACGCAAUUGGUGCUGUACUUAGUCAAGGCCCAAGUAAUAAAAGCCUUCCGAUCGCUUAUGCGAGUCGCACCCUAAAUUCGGCAGAAGUUCGCUACUCUACAAUAGAAAGAGAAUUGCUUGCUAUUGUCUGGGCAGUAAAACACUUUAGGCCGUACCUUUAUGGUAAGAAAUUUACAAUCAUAACUGAUCAUAGACCCCUAUCUUGGUUAUUUUCUAUUAAAGACCCAGGUUCACGUCUCGUCCGGUGGAGACUUAAACUGGAAGAAUAUGAUUAUGAAAUAAUUUACAAACCCGGUAAACAAAAUUCCAAUGCAGAUGCACUUUCUAGGAUCAAAAUUAAUACUCUGACCGCGGGCAUCGAUAAUAUACCUAAUGGAAUUGAUUUCGAUACCUAUGUUAGUGACGAAAGGGAUUAUUUUCAUGAAAAUACUAGUUUAGGUAAAUUUUCAGAUAAACAGCACAAUUACGAAGUCAUAAUUAUGAUGGAUAAUCCAAAUUAUUGUCAUUACAUUCUACGUGACACUCAGGACCCACUUGUUAAGGACAAAUUAGAAUUGAAACCGUCACUAUCAUUCCCAAAUAUAACUUAUGUUGUAGAUAAUUCGACAAAUCAAAGAGAACUCUUCGAUAAUUUGUUCAUAAUAUUUACACUUAUUCAAAAGGGUGAUCUAUUUAGAUUUAUUUGCAGUAAAGAUACCAGUCAAGAAUUAAAACGAAUGAUUGAUUACUUACGAAAUAAGUUUAAUUUAGAUCCCGAAGUAGAAAUUCAAAUUUCAAACACUUACAAAUAUUCAGGCGACCCUAGAAGAAAACACGAAAUAAUUAAAAUGCAUCAUGACCCACCAGCGUACGGUCACAAAGGUAUCAAUGAAACCAUAAAUAAAAUUCAACAAUAUUUUACAUGGUCAAAAAUUAAGGAAGACGUUACAGAAUACGUAAAUUCUUGUUUAGAAUGCCAAAAGAACAAAACGGUUAGACGAAACUUCGAAUCCCCAUUAACAAUUACUGAAACUCCUACCUAUCCUUUCGAACGCGUAGACAUGGACAUAGCUGAAAUAUAUUUCUCUAUUAAAAAUAAAAGACAUAUUCUCGUCAUACAAGACCAAUUAACAAAAUAUCUGAAAACCUACAUGUUAAAGAAUAAGGAAGCUGAAACAAUUAAAAACAAAUUUCUAAAUUUUAUCGCCACGUUCGGUGUUCCUAAACGCAUCCACACUGAUCAAGGUGGAGAAUUUGUGAAUAAAAUACUACAGAAACUCACUUCAGAACUAAAUCUUCAACAUACCAAUUCAAUAGGUUAUCACCCAAAGACAAAUGGUAUGGUAGAAAGGGUAAUUAGUUCACUUAAGGAUACAAUUGCGGUAUAUUCCACGAAAGAAAAAAAUAAAUUAGGGCCCAAGGCACUUUUAAAUUCUGCCACGUUCGCUUACAAUACUUCUACACAUUAUUCUACCAAAUUGACACCGUUCGAAAUUUUAUACGGUUUCAAGCACCGGAAUUUCUUAAAUCCAGACGAAGAUAUAUUAAACGAAGUCCCAGUUUCUAAUUAUUUAAUGGAAUCAAAAACAAAACAACAAAAUUUAAGAGAGGUCGCCCGUUCAAACCAAAUUGAUACUAAAAUAAAGGUAAAAGAAAAGUACGAUAGCAAAAUUAAAACCCCUAUACCUCAAUAUUCCAUAAAUGACAAAGUGUUCCUAAAAAACCAAUUACUAAAUAAACAAGGUCAAUGUAAAUGGCUUGGACCAUAUACUAUAGUUGAAAUUAUUUCCCAUAAUACGGUUAAAUUAGAUAAAAAGAACAAUAAUAAAGACUUUACAAUAGUAAGCACUGAGCAAAUAAAACCUUAUAGGAUUAUAUCAUUUUUAGAUGGUCCCACGAGCAACUCCUCGUAGAAAAGUUACCUGAUAGUGGAAUCCAUCUCGAAGAAAAAGGACUCCUUCUCCCCUCUGAUUCUAAAUACAAUAUUCUGAUUUAUAAAGAUUUAACCCCCCUAUUCCAAAAUUUCAUUGUUCUUGGUAUAUAUCAAAAAGAACUAAACGAGAUAGGCGAUAAUAUUAACAGAAGCAAUUUCAACACAAUGCACUCAACAUUAUUGAAAAUAAGUAUAAAUAAAUUAGAGACGAAAUUAAAGGAAAUUAAGUUUUUGCUACCGAACUCAAAAAGAACCCGUAGAGGUUGGUUCAAUAUUUUUGGAACAGGAUUGAAAACCCUUUUCGGAACCCUUGACUCAGACGAUGCAGUAAAGUAUGACAAAUUAAUAAAUGAACUACAAAGUUCCAAUAAAAAGAUUUUGAAAAUCCAGGGUGAGCAAGCGCACUUGACAGAAAUGAUACUAUCAGAUUUUAAUAAUUCACUAGCAAAAAUAAAUAGUAACGAAGAGACUCUCCGGGAAAAUAUAUUGGCUAUAAAGAAACAGAUUUUUAACAAUAAUAUUAGAUUAGAUGAAAAUCGCAUUUUUUUACAAUAUUUGGAUUUACUCACGUUAUUAAACGAUCUAGCAAUAGAAAUGAAUAAACAGGUCGAUGAAAUAGUUGAAACAUUGUCCUUUGCCAGAAUCAACGUUCUGCACCCUAGCGUUUUGAAUCACGUCCAGUUAGAAGAACAAUUGAGUCAUGUCGCUCAAAAUGAAAACACACUGCCUUUUCCUUUUGACGAUUUUAACAUUUAUAAAUAUUACCAAAUUAUGAGUCCUAAAUUAUUCAUUUAUAAAAAAGGAAUACUAAUUAAACUAACAAUACCGUUGGUUAAGAAUAUUAAAUUGAGAUUAUAUAAAGCAUAUCCUUAUCCCGUUAAAUUUGAGAACGACCUUUACCAUACUAUCAUUCCCGAAAGUUCCUAUGUGGCAAUUUCUGAUGACCACCAAUGGUACCUUGAAAUGAAUGAAUUAACACCCACCAUUCACACGGAAGAUAUAAUCAUACUACAAGAUGCUGAACCCCAGGAUACCAAAAACACUAAUUUUCCUUUUUCUUUUGACAUACUUCUUAUGUCGCUGCUGUUGCUGGUCAAGAAUACUGAAAUGGAGAUCAACGAGCAAUCAUCUUCGCAAUCAGAAAAUUUCUAAAUCCGCAUCGCAAUCUCUGAGCAAGAAAGUCGACAAUGAUCCAAAUCAACCAUCGAUGGAGAUGUCAACAGCCGAACAUAAACCCAGUACCACCCGAAAAUUCAAGUCGCCUACAAUUCAUAACGCCGUUCAAAAAUAGUUACUCUAAAUUGUAAUCUUAUUGAAAAAUUAAUUUUAGAAAUAAAUUUUAAUUUUUCAACUUAAUGGGGGAGAUGUUAGAUAAGUAAUAUAGGAACAAAACAUGAUAAUAUGUCAUUUUGCUUAGCUUUGCUUAUUUUUUCCAUAUAUAAAGUUUGUUGCACUAAGAUGCUUCACUCUAGCUGUAGACUAGGCCUUACACCGCGUGUGUAUUGUAGCUUCGCUCAAUAAAUAUUUUUAAAAAGA